AUUUUUUUAGAAUCAUCAGGCUCCAAAGUGAAUGAAUUUUAUCUGGUAUAGAAUACAUGAUGGAAGAUGGAAUUAUGAAGAAAUAUCCUAAAGAUGUGGUCAUUCAUAUACUUUUGAGGCUUCCAGUGAAAUUUCUCUUGCGAUUCAAAUGUCUCUCCAAAACUCUUUGCACUCUCAUACAAUCUUCAACUUUCAUCAAUAUUCAUCUAAACCGCACAACAACUUCGACAGAUUAUAAUAUUCUCUUGAAGCGCUCCGUCAAAGAAGAUGUUGAAAGGGAUAAAGCUAUAUUUUCUUUUCUAUCUAGUGAUGGUGAUGAUUAUCCGAAAUCCAUUUAUCCAGAUCUAGAUGUGCCAUAUAUAAAAAGCCGUUUUAGUAUUUCCCAUGAUCUUCUCUUCGGUCCUAUCCAUGGUUUGAUAGCUCUGAUGGUUCCAACUACCACCAUCUUGUUCAAUCCAUCUACUAGAAAUUAUAGACUGCUCCCGUCUAGCCCUUUUCAUGUUCCGAAGAAUUUCACUCGAUUGGUAGAAAGUGGCGGUUUUGGUUUCGACACCAUAGUUAAUGAUUUCAAAGUUUUUAGAAUUAUUCGAGUUUACACGGAAGAUCGUUACGGGUACCCUGAAAUGGUAGAAAAAAAGGUUGAGAUUUAUGAAUUGGGUAUUGAUAUUUGGAGAGAAUUGGAUUAUGCUGAUCAACAGUUGUCCAGGUUAUUCUGGUCGACUUCUUCUAUGUUUUAUAAGGGAGCUUACCAUUGGAUUACAACUUCAAAAGAACACGAACCAAUAAUUUUUUGUUUUGAUAUGAGCACUGAAAUUUUUCGUAAUAUGAAACCCCCUAAUACUCGUGAAUUUUCAAAUGGAACACUUCAUAGCCUCCUCAUCUUGUCUGAGUGUCUAAGCUUGACUUGUUACCCCUGUCUAGGGGCCAUGAUUGAUCCAACAACAGAUUUGAUGGAAAUUUGGAUAAUGAAAGAUUAUAAUGUUUAUGAGUCAUGGAUUAAAAAAUACACAAUUACUGGUCUUCCUACUGAAUCCCCAUUAGCGGUAUGGAAAGAUUAUUUAUUGCUUUUUCAAAGCAAAAGUGGAUAUUUGAUGUCAUAUGAUUUUAAUUUGGAUGAAAUCAAGGAAUUGAAUUUCCACAGUUUGUCUACCAAGUAUCCCGAGUUAUAA